GAGUGUGAACCAACUGUAGCGCAAACUCGUACAAUGUCUCCAAAGAUAUUUUUUUCCUAUAAAUUUAGGCUCUUCCUUUCGUAUCUGUUGUCGUCUUCUUGCAGAGAUAAAAAAAAAAUUAAAAGAGCCUCGAAAAAAUUCACAGACUUGUCUCCCCCUCUCUCUUUCAGAUUUUAGUAGCUUCUGAAAAAUUUCACUAAGAAAAAAAAAUGAGCAAGUUCUGGACUUUCCUCACUGCUCUCCACUCAGGCGCUGGUCCACUGGUGAUGUUGGUGUAUCCAUUGUACGCAUCGGUGGUGGCAAUGGAGAGCACAACGAAAGUAGACGACGAGCAGUGGCUUGCGUACUGGAUCAUUUACUCCUUCCUCACCCUCACGGAGCUGAUUCUGCAAUCGCUUCUCGAGUGGAUCCCGAUUUGGUAUUCUGUGAAACUGGUGUUCGUAGCUUGGUUGGUCCUGCCUCAGUUCCAUGGCGCAGCCUUCAUUUACAACCGUGUGGUGAGAGAACAGUUCAAGAAACACGGCGUCUUCGGCUCCUCCUCCUCCUCGUCUCACACCAAGCACUCCUCCAAACCCAACAUCAUACACUCCAUUUUCCACCGGGAGGGACACGAGGCUCACUCUCACUGACUCCAAGGCUGAGGAGAAGCUCGAAUAGCAUUGUAAUGGGAGUUGGUGGUGGCCCUUCUUGUCUUCAAGUCUAAUCUUACUUUUGCUUUAGUCUUUAAUUUAAGUCUUUAAUUUAAUAAUUUGAGAAAUGUGAUAAUGACUGAGGAGGUGUGUGAUCGUCUUAAAUUAGAAAUGGCUUCUUGUUAUUGUUGUAUUGCUUAGCUUCCACGACGCGUAUUUUCCAUUUGGAAACACAAGUGCUAACGCUAUUGUCUCAA